GGUCUGAGUGCAGCAGAACACAAAGCUGGGCUUUAGGGGGCUGGGCUGUGCAACAGGGCCAGGAACCGCCCCUCCCCAAAACAUACAAGCUUGCGAGACAGGAAGGGAGGUGGUGUAGGAAGAGCAAUUGACUCAAAGCCCCUCCCCCACUUAAUAGUCUGCAUUGAGACAUCACCCUGCACCAGUGGCAGGGACAGGUGAGCAACAUGGGGCCCCCUAGAAGUGGGAUGGUGCUGAUCUGGGAGGCAGGGGGGGAUGGUGUUGACCCAGUGGGAAAGGAAGAGGAAAUAGGAACAGAAAGAGGCCACCUGAAAGGGUGGCUUUCAAUCUGGAGACACCCCCAUGUUCCCUUCCCUGUUGCAUUUCCCCAGAGUGUAACUCCCAGGAAUCCCAUGUUGAGGAAGCCUCAUACAUGGCUGGCAAUAGUCAGUGGUACAGCUGCUCUGGAAAUAUGGCUGUUUCAUACUAAGGUACACAUAAGGUUACCCUGUGAACAAGAAAUUCCAUUCUUAGAUGUUUAUUCCAAAUAAAUGUAAACAUGUCAACAGAAGGACUUGUUACAUGUAUUCACAGCAGCUGUGUUCAGAAUAACCACAAAAUGGGAACAACUCAAACAUCCAGCAAGAGGAAAAUGGAUAAACUGGUAUAUUCAUAGAAUACAAUCUGGCAAUAAAAAUUAACAAAAUCACUGAUACAAAAAUCAACACAAAUGAACUACAAAUGUUGAGUGAAUAAAGACAUUAAAGAAGUACAUUGUUUACUGUUCUGUUUAUAUCAAGUUCUCAAUCAGCAUAUUUGUGGUGAUAGAGAUUUUCUGGAUUUACUGGAAAGGGUUGCAAAGCAGCUUUCUAGAAAAAUGAAAUGUUCUGUAUUUUGACUGGGGUGCUGGUCACAUGGGUGGAUAACUAUGUAUACAUUCAAUAAGCUGUAUAAUUAAAAUCUGGGAGAUGCGCCACGGCUUCAGUAGCGACCAUUUCUCUACACGGGUGUGAGCUUCGCCAGCCCCUCCUGCAGGAGACCGUUGCAGUCGGCCAGCCCCUGCUCCUUGGUAACCAUGUGUGACCAAAAGGCUGUAAUCAAGAAUGCAGAUAUGUCAGAGGAGAUACAGCAGGACUUGGUGGAGUGUGCUACUCAGCCAUUGGAGAAGUAUAAUAUAGAGAAGGACACUGUGGCCCAUAUCAAGAAGGAGUUUGACAAGUACAACCCCACCUGGCACUGCAUCGUGAGGAGGAACUUUGGUAGUUAUGUGACGCAUGAAACCAAACACUUCAUCUACUUCUACCUGGGCCAAGUGGCCAUUCUCCUGUUCAAAUCUGGUUAAAAGCAUGGACUGGGGAAUGUCCACUUGGC